UUGUUUUGUCCGGCUUCGCUUCCGGCACGCUGGCCAAUGGUAUUGUCGCCUCUCGCUUCCUGCUCCGACAGGGCUUGGGGAGGCGGAGCCUCCGCGCUCCCGGGCUCCCUAGCCAAGUGUGGGCUUGGUGGAAGAGGGACAAUGGCGGCGUUGGUGGUAGGGCCCCGGGGAUGGGCUCUAACGGUGCUGGGCCUGAGGACGGUGAACUCCGGGCUGCGGGGCAGCAGGCUCCUCCGCACCUCCCGGCGCCAGCCGCUGAUGCCACCCGGGGCGCCCCCGCAGGUGGGCAUCUGCUCGCGCUGGGAGUCGUCCACCACCUCCUCUUCCUCCUCCUCCUCCUCCUCUGCUCGCUCCCAGACUCCGGGCUCCGAGUCAAAUGAAGGUCAGAUCCGCCUCACUGAAAGCUGCGUUAAGAGGCUUCUGGAGAUCACAGAAGAGGCAGAGUUCCUCAGGCUACAAGUGGAGGGAGGUGGAUGCUCUGGAUUCCAAUACAAGUUUUCUCUGGACACAGUUAUCAAUCCUGAUGACAGGGUGUUUGAACAGGGCGGAGCUCGAGUGGUGGUUGACACAGAUAGCUUGGCCUUUGUGAAAGGGGCUGUGGUGGACUUCAGCCAAGAGUUGAUCCGAAGUUCAUUUCAGGUGUUGAACAACCCUCAGGCGGAGCAGGGAUGUUCCUGUGGGACUUCGUUCUCCGUCAAACUAUAAUGUGUGAGAUGAUGAAUGACCCAGAGACUGCUUUCUUCCUCCAGCUUCCAAUUCUUGAUUCCAUGAGAACCAUAGACUUCCAGAGUUUUCUCCAUUGCUAUAUUACUUGCUCUAUUUCUUAUUCCUCAACCCAGGAGUUCUGUAUCUUGUCACUCUAUAUCACAGUGUUUAGUUUUCUUUGUCAACAUCAACAUGCUUCCAAGAACAUCCCACAUAACACUUGGUCUCAUAGUUAAGUGGAUAUUUUUCAAGCUCCGGAAACUACUGCCUCAGAACCAGUUGCCUGGAGGCUAAAAUAUUGACUUUAGCCCCAGAGUUCCAAAAUACAGAGAUAACAGCCCUGGCCUUCAGAGCUGCUUGUAUAUAUAUGUAUAUUAUUAGUGUAUAUAGUAUAUAAAGUAUUUAUUUUUAAAGAAA